CUUUAGCAGGCGGAAGCGGAAGUGGAUUUCGCCGCCACGCGGGAAGCAAAAAUACAUUUUCCCCCGAAGCGGCGGAGGCGCCGGGAGCCUCCCCUAGGUCGACUCAGCCUCAAACCAGUACAGUACCUGGCGCGGCGUCACGUACCGCGUCAACCCGCAAUGGAGGCGACUGUGCCGUGUGCGUGCAAGGGCGUGCGCACCUGCCUGGCCUGUGAGUCCGACGACAAGUGGAGGCGACACAACAACAACCGCCACAACAACAACGACAACAACCACAACAACAACAAUGACAACAACCGCAGCGACGACGAUAGCUGCAGAGAGGUUCGAGCUUGUGCUGGAGUUUGAUCCGGCGCUGGGGCUGGCCGUGGUGCUGCCGGGCUUGCCGCUUGCCGGACUGGCGGCGAGCGUGGGCGGCGUGCACGUGUGGCGCGACUUCCUCAGCCCCGAGGAGGAGCGAGAACUCGUCGCCGCCAUCGACCGCGACGAGUGGAGACCGUCGCAGUCGGGAAGACGCAAGCAGGACUACGGGCCCAAGGUGAACUUCCGCAAGCGGCGUGUGCGAGCGGCCGGCUUCUCGGGGCUGCCGCCGCUGAGCCGGGCGCUGGCGCUGCGCGUGCGCGCCGCCAGCCCCGCGCUGCUCGGCGACUUCGUGCCCGUCGAGCAGUGCCACCUGGAGUACGAGCCGUCGCGCGGCUCCAGCAUCGACGCACACCUGGACGACGCGUGGCUCUGGGGAGACCGCCUCGUCACCGUCAACCUCCUCUCGGACACGGCGCUCACGCUCACUCGGCCCGCGGGGCGGGCGGGCGGAGACGUCGGGGCGCGGGAGGGUGCGGCCGCGGGGACGGGAGAUGCUGGAGAGGCCGCCGACGGGUCAGGUCAGCCGCCGCCGCCGCCGCGAGGUGACGGGGAAGCCGCGGGUGGGAGGAGGGGCACGGCGGCGGGGGGGGACGGCGAGGGAGCUCGGCACGAGAGGGAACGCCCGGAAGGUUUGGAGGAGCGCAGGGAUGGGCCGAGACAUUCAGGGGACGUGGGGACGCUGACAACCGGGGUAGCGGUAGGGGGGUAUUUGGGAGGAGUGGAGAUCGGCAACGGCGCGGACGACGUCCAAUCGGCGGGAGGUUCGGGAGAAGUUGACGACGACGAUGAUGACGACGACGGGGAGUACGUCACGUUGAGGCCCCUUUCUUUUUGGCAGCAAAGACGGGAGAACCGGCUCCGCCAAAACCCGGCACCGGACCUCCAAUCCCCAAUCGCCACCACACCGCAAAUGCACCGUCCUCCCGCUUUUCCGGACUCGUGUGUGCGCGUGCCGGCGUCCUCGGUGACGGUGCGCGUGCCGUCCCCGCGCCGGUCUCUGGUGCUGCUGCGGGGCGCGGCGCGGCGCUCGUGGCUGCACGCGGUGCGGCGGGGCGACGUGGCGGCGCGCCGCGUGUGCAUCACGCUGCGGGAGCUCUCCGCCGAGUUCCGGCCGGAGCCCCGUGCCCUGGCGCUGCUCGCCGACGCGGCGCUGGCGCCGGAGGGGACGGCGCGGAUGGACCAGGUGGAACCGGAGGAAGUGGCGGUGACGACGGCGAUGACGACGGCGAUGACGACGGCGAUGACGACGGCGAUGACGACAACGGCGACAACGGAGGUCGGAGAGCUGCGAAGCGGUCGCUCGGCGGAGAUUGGGGCGCAGUUGUUGGCGACGGCGCUCACGUUCCGGGGAAUGCCGGUGCUGUGACCGGUUCCGACCUCGCUGCGCCACGAGCUCAUUCGAAACUAAAAUGCAUCUCGAUAAUAAUAUUCCUCAAUUUCGAUUUAGAGCUUUCGUGACUGCAGGGAUUCAUCUUCUUGGUUCUUUCGGUAAAGUCACGUAGAAGGGAAGUAAUAAAAUAAUAAAAAUAAAACAUUAAAUAAUUCUCACGACGUUUCGGCCACAACGCAAGCAGCCGUCCUCAGGUGAAGAACAGGUCUGUCGGAAAGACAGCGUCUGAAUGAACACGACCAAGCUUGGCAGCGUAUAUAUUUAAGCUGGGUUACGUGACUUUACCGAAAGAACCAAGAAGAUGAAUCCCUGCAGUCACGAAAGCUUUAAAUCGAAAUUUACCCACCUCUGUCCAUCAAGCAGCAUAAAUGGGUAAACCACAGUUGAUCGGCAGGUUGCAUGCGGUGAAAAAAAUAUGGCUAUCCCCUACCCAGGGCCACCACGGUGGCGAGAUGUUAACUACCUCGCUAGGUAUACAGGAGGUCGUGGGUUCGAUCUUGACCCUGACGCCUGCUGUGUAUUUGGAGUGUGCACGUUCUAUCUCCCCGUGGUUGUUUGGAUUUUUCUCCAGGUCCUCCGGUUUUCCCCUCCACGUUUAGAAUCAACGUGCUUUUAGAGUAAUUGGCUCCUAUAAAUUUCCACGUGAUACGCCACUUCGUUGAGCUAUGAUUUGUGAUGACCAGGUCGCUUCUAAAAAAAUAGCUGUAUAGCUCAGUGGGGCCUUACCUGGUAAAAUAAAAAAAAACUUUUAUGCUUCCAAGACAUCUGACCAGUGUGGAAGAAUAGGACAAAUAUCCUCAAGAGUUGUGCAAAGUCACGCUGAAAUUCUGCUUCACAGAAGGCCUGUCAGAAACCUGCUGGACAUGCUGCCAUUGUAGCUUCACAGCUUAUCAAGUACACGUCGUGCCCUUUAUAAAUCCACCGCUGGAUGUGGCCUCUGCAUGCCUUACGGAUUGUGAGGUCAUUUACCCAUACUUUACCACGCUGGUCUUGUGGAAAUGUGGGGAGCAAAAAUGUACAAAAUAACCGUGAAUUUUACUGCACUGCCUGCCACAUGGUCCUGCAGCCGACUGUGGCAACCUGGUGUGCAUAUUAGUUACUCAUCUGAGCACUAUCCAUGCCCGGUUGUGCUUAGCUUCCAAGAUAUUUGUUGGAAGAGCGAAUGCCGAUAGGAUCUCUCGUGGCGACGCUAGGGAUCUGUGGUUAAAAAUAUUUGCGGAAAGCCAGGGUUUCGUAUUAAUGUAUCAAGUGUGAUUGAUACACAAUCACCACACGACCAUCCAGAACUGAACUCUGGACGAAAAUUAUUCCUUUCUCAUCUCCUGAACUGUGUACUGUAAGUAUACGUUCUCUGUCAUUGGUUUUGCUAAUAAACAUAACUUAAUGGGA